UCGGUCAGACCUGUUCAAUUAACGCUCCUUGAUGAAAGUUCAGUUCAGACUUACAGAAUUCAGAGGCGGUGGAGCGUUUAACGCGACAUCAAAUUAAAGAAACAGAGAGGUGUUGAUGGGAGCUUGCGCGGGAGCAACGGUUGAUUGAAAACGAAUCGUUCAAUGUUGAGAAUUGAAAAAUAAGAGAAUCUGGGAUCUCUGGGAGCAUGUCCGCUCUCGAAACCAUCCCUGUCUUCGAGUUCCUCGUACUCUUCCUAUUAUCACUGUUGAAGACGGCAAAUCUCCCGCCAUUUUUUCCUCUUUUAAAAGAAUAUUCCGCGGAAUAUUAUUCUUGUAUCAGUCGAACUUUGUCGUCGGUAUAGCAAUUCGGAUAAGGGAUGUGGAAGCUUCUUUGCUAAUCCACAACACCUCAACUCGUAUCAAAAUAUAAGCUUCAAACUUGGUCCUCAUCAAAGGUGCGAGACCAAAAUAAUUUGGAGCAAAUAUGCUUUUGCUUUGAAGACUCCUUUUUUGGUUCGCUCAAUGGGGAGCCCUCCUUCAACCUCAUAUGUCAUCCUUGCAUGCGAUGCCACCAAAGAUAGCAGUGAGCAUGAGAUCAAGUCCAUUCUUGAUCACGUACGAAGUACCCAUGGCAUUCUACAAGCAGGUUACAGAUUGCUCGUGCUCGGCGUCUUGCAUAAGGUGCCACACCCCAUGGGGUAUCAGACACUACCAUGCCCCGAGUCUUUUGCUGGCACAAACUUUCGUGCAAUGGAUGAAGCAGUUGGCAAGAAACUUUAUUCAUAUGCAAAUAUGCUUGCGCCGAUUUAUGAAGAUUGGGAAAAUGCAGGCGUAUUGAACUUUAAUAUCAGCAUUGAAGUCAAAGUUACAGCGGGUUUUCCAAUCAGACAGGUUAUAAUGCAAGAGGUUGCAUGCUAUAAUGCAGUUUGGAUUGUACUCGAUAGGCACCUUCGACGGGACUCAAGAUUUCUUAACAGGAUACCAUGCAAGGUUGCAUUGAUUAAGGAUGACUUAUUUGUGGAUAUCUGGAGAUCUCAUCAAUCACUUGAAACAGAUGUCACAGAAAACAAGCUUGCUUAUUCUUUGUCUAAAUUUGUUUCUCUAUCGGAUUGUCAAAGUAUUGCAGACAUUGGGCAUUCUAUCUCCUCUUUCAAAAGCUGUCCCUUAUCCAUGGUUUUUUCUGACAACACAGACACAUUUAGGAACAGUACAAAGCACUCAUUUGCAUCACAUGAACAUCUCUUCCCAUCAGAUCCUGGGUCGUCUUCUAAAUCAGGUCUAAGCAUCAAGGGAGAAUAUAAACAUCCCCUUACUUCUCAGAUUUUCCAAAAGCAAAGCAAAUAUGGCUUUAUACCAAGAUCAUCAGAUGCACCAAUUCUUUGUGCUGGUUGUGGGAUGAGGACUGAAUUGUAUGCUAAGGAAUCGAUGGGGUUCAGCUAUUCUGACAUACUGAUUGCAACAAAUGAUUUUUCAAAGGAUAACUUACUGGGUGAAGGUGGUUAUGGUCACGUAUACAAGGGUAUCCUUAGAGAUGGACAGCAAAUUGCUGCAAAGGUAAGAAAAGAAGAAAGCAGCCAGGGCUUUUCUGAAUUUCAUUCUGAGGUUUAUGUCUUGAGUUUUGCUCGGCACAAGAAUAUAGUGAUGCUGCUGGGUUACUGUUGCAAAGAAAGGCAAAAUAUUUUGGUAUAUGAAUAUAUUUGCAACAAGUCACUUGACUGGCAUUUAUUUGAAUCUGAGAAUCCAGGAAACAAAUUUGCAGACAAAGAUGCUGAAGUUCUCAAGUGGCCCCAAAGAUAUGCUAUUGCUAUUGGAACUGCAAAAGGAUUGCGCUUUCUCCAUGAAGAAUGCCGCGGGGGGCCCAUUAUUCAUCGGGAUAUGCGGCCAAGCAAUAUACUUCUUACUCAUGAUUUUGUUCCCAUGCUAGGUGACUUUGGGCUUGCCAAAUGGAAGACUGGUGGCGAUGAGACUAUGCAAACAAGGAUAAUGGGCACAUCAGGAUACCUUGCUCCUGAGUAUGCUGAAGAGGGCGUUGUUUCUGUGGGGACAGAUGUGUAUGCUUAUGGUGUUGUUCUGUUACAACUAAUAUCAGGACGCAAGGUGGGCAUGUCCAGUAAUCCUGAACAACCAUCUCUCAGACAAUGGGCCGAGAUAUUGAUUGAGAAGUUGGCUUUACCAGAACUCAUUGACCCACGACUUGGGGAGUCAUAUGACACGUAUGAACUACACCUUAUGGCAAAAGCAGCAUACUUCUGUGUGCAAAGAAAGCCUGAGAUGCGACCAUCAAUGGCAGAGGUUGUUCGCCUUCUUGAAGGAGAAAAUAACCACUUCCAUGCCCUGGCAGAUCAGUUCGUGCCUAAUUACCAUCACUGAAGAAAAGUUGGACCAGACAACAGUGGUCACUGCUAGUUGAUGAUAGCUAGAGAAAGAAUAAUGACAGUUGUGGAAAAUCAAUUAUUAGGAGAUUCUGAAGAUGGGGACAGAAUAUGGAUUUGUUGGCUGAACCAUUAAAAGUGUGGUAGCCUCUUCCCUUUUAUCCCGUCCUCCCCUUUAUUACAGUUAAUCAAGGUUCGCAAAUGAGAUUGAGAUCCUUAUAUGCGGUUUGUUUCAUUGAAUAAUUGCAUUUGCUGAUACCAAAUCAAUAUCAAUACCAUUUCCAUCCAGAAAAACAGUGUUGACAUGACAAGAUACACAAGCACUGCUACAGGGUUUUUAUGUGGUAAGCUAUUGUUAGGAUUAUGGAACGAACUGAACUUUGGACGCUGGCUGGAUAUUGGAAAGUCUUAGCUUCCCAAAUGUGGGGAGCAAGAGAGAUUGAAAUCCAUGUCAUGUGAUAGCUCCACUUUUGCUUUCCCCAGCUACUACACAGUGCUUUUUCAGUUUUC